UGCACACACUGGAGCAGAAGGUGGCAGUGGCUCUGGAUCUCAAUCAUCACACAACUAUAUAAAACGCCACUGUCAGCACAUACACUUGCAGCAUGAACUACUCAACUGAGCGGUCUUCUUCUUCUUCUUCGGAGGGAAUGGCCCCUGAGGAGUUUGACGGCGGGACGGCGGUGGCUUGUGUGAUCCUGGGCCUGUCCUUCCUGGUGGGAGUCCCGGGGAACCUGCUGGUGAUCUGGACUAUCCUGAGACACGUCAAGGAGCGUUCCCACACUGUGGUGCUCAUCCUGCACCUGGCUUUUGCAGACCUGCUGGUCCUCAUCACCCUGCCUCUGUGGAUCUACUCCCUGGUACAAACCUGGCUGCUUGGAGAAGCCCUUUGCAAGGCUUUGGUGUACAUUGUCAGUGUGUGCAUGUACAGCAGCAUUUUCUUCAUCACCCUUAUGAGCGUGGAGCGCUAUUUAGCAGUCUGUCAUCCAUUUGUGAUGAUGCGCUGGAAGACUAAGAGUGUUAUGAAACGAUGUCUGGUACUUUUGUGGCUCCUUGCUUUGCUUUUUGGAGGGCCUUCUGUACUGAUCCAGGCUUUGGAUGGAAGCGAUGGAACUGAGCAAUGUAAUAUGAAAGAAAUCACCUCUGAGACUCAGGAGAUCAUCUUGUUGUGUCUGGAGACCUUGUUGGGCUUUGUAGUUCCUUUAAUCAUUCUUUGUAUCUGUUACUUUCGAAUAGCUGCCAAGCUCAGGAAAAUGAGUUUCAGCUCCAAACAGAAAUCCUUGGUUCUUGUUCUCGCUGUGGUGAUAGCUUUCACACUGUGCUGGUUGCCUUACCAUAUCACCAACAUAAUUGAUCUGGUUUGCAUCCUAGGAUCAGGCACAGAUCGUGAAUGUGUGCCGCAGAGUGUUGUCUUUAGCGUUGGUGCCCUUGUUUUCAUCAGCAGUUCAGUAAAUCCUGUAUUAUACACCCUCUUUGCCAGGAACUUGCAAGGGAGUCUGGAUCAGUACCGACUUGUCAGGCUGUUCCAGGAAAUGGUCACGCACACCAACAAACUCAGGGAUCUGGUAGUACAACAGCAGACUGGACAGAGGGCAGCAAAUACACAGAUAUAGCUGAUAUCUGAGAGUGAACAAAAUGCUGACAGGUAAAUGUGACAUUGGUCUUCUGGAGUUAAUUAAGGUGCUAUUCUUAAUUAUGAAGACCCUUAUACGAUCUAAGGCUUUGGAAGCCUGUCUGUCACAUGAACAAUAGUGCUGACAAUGUUAAUGUGUUCAUGAUUACAUUACUCACUUUACCCUCCUAUCUCUGUUUUCAUAUUUACCCCCGGAUGUCAAUGCAAGCCAACACAUGAUCGCAAUCUUUAUAUGUUUCUCAAUUUUGAUGACAACUUAUUACCGUAUAUUUAAGAAAUGUGAAACCUUUAAAAUGUGAAAA